AUGGCAUACAAUUCAGCCCAUAGAAGGCGGCUACUACACACCUUUCUUGGGCUUGAGCAGUCCUGUGUCAGCGGCAACGUUUCUCCCCUCGCUCAUACGGACCCCCCAUUCAUUGACCUGGACUACGUUGCCCAACAUCUGGCUUUCGACCAGCAACAGUCCAACGUCAAGACGACCCACGUACCAGGCCUACCCAGUGAGCCUUGUAACGACACUCCUCCCAUGACAAGCGAUCCAAGCGAAGUAAUGGCUCAGCAACUGCGGACCGAAAGGUUCGACCAGUUCAAGGGCCUGAAAGCUGGCGAGUUGUCUGCCAUGAGCUUACCCUUCACAUCUUGGGAGUUGGCCACGACAUACGCUGCCAUGUACAUCGGGAAGGCGAACCGUCCAAGGGCCGAACCCUACUUUGAGGACAUUCUCGAGGGCAAUACAUGGGACUUCUUCUAUCUUUACAACCCCAGAUCCCUCGAAGAAGUUCCCAAGCUCUUCGUGCCCACCGUGCAGUUUGAGCACUUUCUUCGUAUCGUCAACGCUCUUGCGGGGAUUCGCCUGACCAUACCACCAGGCGCGCCAGGGAGCAAGUUCUACCUUGAAUUCGGCGAAGGCGGCAGUCCACGCCCCCGUUUUCUCGGCCGCUCUAUUUGCGAGUCUGAUUUCACUAACAUUCGCCUCGAAACCCCUGUUCAUCAUGCCGACGAUGUUGGGAAAGGCAUUUCUGAAGCCGUCAUGGAUGACCUCGUCCGCAAGCUCUAUGUACUCAAGUUCGCUAAAAAGGAGGCAAAGAAGGAGAAGAAUGCCAAGCGCCGCGAGGAAGCCAACACGCGCCGUCUGGACGGCAUCCGGUCGGUCCAACGCAUGCUUGGUCUUCGUCCAAUAGCUGGCGUCAGCACGCGUCAGGUGGACGUCGAGCAAGUCAUUCCUCAUGACCGUGAACUGGAUGCUGUCUUUGCGGCCGUUGAUAUCGAGGUUGCCGAGGAGUCUCACAGCGUCGUUCUCGAGGUGGGCAUUUCCAUCCUUGAUACGCGAGAGGUCAUCAACGUACCUCCUGGCAUCAACGCCCAAAACUGGAGCUCUUUGGUCGAACACCAUCAUCUUCUCGUGUACGAGACUCGAUUUCAGCGCAAUCACAAAUACUGUCAUGGCUGUCCUGAUGCCUUCGAUUUUGGAACAAGCGAAACUCCUCGGCUUGGCGAGCUCGCCAGACGAGUCCGCGCUCUCCUCACGCAGCAUACAGCUGCCCCGGCAUCCAAUCCUAUGCAACGCAAUCGCACUCUUAUCCUCGUCGGCCAUGACAUUGCAGCUGACCUCAAUUACCUCCAAGAUAUUGAUGUUAAUCCCGGCCAGCUUCAGGGAUUCCUAGGCUGUGCCGACACAAAGGACAUGCACCAGGCCUGGCGCAGCUGUCCAUCGGGCCGCAACCUCGGCGCCGUCUGUGGUGACCUCGAGAUCCCUACUCGCAACCUGCAUAAUGCUGGAAACGACGCUGCGUAUACCCUUCAGGCUAUGCUUGCUUUGGCUGUCCGCGCUCGUGUAGAUGAACAGCAGCGUGAAGACGGAGAAGAUGCGGGAGCAGCCACUGAUAUGGCCGACAAGAGGAUUGGCUUUGCUGAGAAAUUUCACGAGGGCAGGAGUGAGAGAUGGUGA